UUCGCAGUGUUUGUGCGUGCUGUCAAUAUACAUAAAUAAGAAGCAAAACGAAAAAAAAAAUCAGUAAAUGCGUGUGUUAUUCAUCGUCGCGCGCGCCACACACAGAGAGAAGAACCAAAUCGAAAGAAUAUAUAAGCGACCGCGUGUGUAACGCAAACCACAUAUAAUCCCCAGAAGGAAUACGAUAAACGCAAUGUGUCUUUUUCUCGUUCUCUGUCCGCAACGAUUGUGAAUAUAUAUACAACACACCAGAAAGUGAACCGAUUGCUCGAAGGCACAUUUUCACGGCGCAUUGUAACGAACGCAACGAAUUAUGAACAAAUAAACAAAACGUUUGACUCAAAAGUUAACGCUACUUCGGUUGCUGUUCGCUUCUAAUCUAACGCAUUUCUUUUUCGUAUUCUAGCUCAACUUCUAGCUAAUAUCUUUAUAUAUCUAAUACAUAAACAAAAAAAAAAUUUCAUCGUUUCACACUCUUCAGUCUAUCUACGUAGCCGAUAAACACAUAUUUCCGAGUGUUGGCGAGUGUAUGUGUGCUCUUAUUUAUAUAUACAUACGGCCAAUUUUCAAUGUCACCAUGCACAUUUGUUAUGCCAUGGAAUAUGCCCCCAUCUAACGCAUCAUCGAUUUACGCUGAUUCAUCGCAACCAAAAUGUUUCGGUAUUGAUACAUUCUCAAGUGACUCAAAGUGCAUGAUCUAAUCUAUUUUGAACUGAAUUUUUACCAUACGCUAAAUUGGACAAAUAAUUCGGUGUGUGUGUGAGAGAGAGAGAGAGAGAGAGAAACUUUUGCGUAUUUGAAAGGAAGAAAAUGGAAAAAUAUUUUUUUUCUUGAACACUCAAACUUUUUUAACUGAAGCAUUCUUUCCCGAAUUGGAUUUUAUGUAGCAAAAAAAUUUCAAAGAAAACUACAUAAAAUACAGAUCGGUGUCAUUCAAAAUCUACAUGGAUCAUGAACUUGGCAUCGUUGACAUGCAUAUUAAUGAGAGAGUGUGUGUGUGUGUGUAGACGUGAUUUAAAUGUAUAAUUCACACAUUGCAAAAAGAAAACAUGAUAUGACACAUUUUUGUUGAUACACACAGCCCAAGAAAAUAUUCUCAGUAUGUUUAUGUUCAACGUUCAAAAUAUGACUAACUUUAAUUUAUUCGUGCAAUUGAAUCAAAUUCUUCCAACUAAUUAGAAAGAAAGAUAAAACAAAGUUUUGCGUUUUUUUUUUUUUUUUGAUAAAUUAAAGCACAUUCAAAAAUUAAACGAGAAAGAUCAAUCGAGACCAAAACGUUAUCGAUUUGCAGAGAAGAUUUAAUUUGUUAUAAAAUAUGAGUGAAACACGUUCAUCGCCAGUAUUAUAUCCAACAGCCACAGUAGCAACUGCAGCAGCAGCAGCAGCAGCAGCGGCACAGGAGCAAUCACCGAUUCUUCCACCACCGCAACCACAAACUCAGCCACAACAGCGCGUUCAUGUUAUCAAAAAGAAUAUUUAUUUGAUGACAUCGAACCCAGGCAAUAGUGGAAACAACAGCGGUGGUGUCACCACCACAGCGCCAAUGAUGAACAAUUUGAAUCGACAGAUAAUCAUGCAACCAAAAAGUAUCGUUGCCGGUGGUAGUAUAACUGCUGGUAUUGGUGGUGCUGCACAGACAGCUCCCAUCGUUCCAAUCAUCGACAAUUCGGCCGAGGAAAUGCAGUAUUUUGCGCGCACUACAAAGAAAUUAUCGUCCAUACAAGGGACGACCACCACAACGCCCACCAGUCUGGGCGAUACGGUUAAUGUGGUAUUUCGUGCUCCAGUCGUUUCAUCCAGUUCAAAUCAAUCGAUGAGACCGCCACCGCCACCACCUCCAAAAAUCAAAGGACACUCCGAAGAACCAUCCAGCUCGAUUCCAGAUUUAG